AUGUCAACAACUAGGGAGCAGCCCAUCUUCAGCACCAGGGCCCAUGUUUUCCAGAUUGACCCUGCCACCAAACGGAACUGGAUCCCGGCCAGCAAGCACGCGUUGACUGUCUCCUAUUUCUACGAUGCCACGCGCAAUGUGUACCGGAUCAUCAGCGUGGGGGGCACCAAGGCAAUCAUCAACAGCACUAUCACCCCCAACAUGACCUUCACAAAGACAUCCCAGAAAUUUGGACAAUGGGCGGACAGCCGAGCCAACACAGUGUACGGGCUGGGUUUUGCUUCGGAGCAGCAUCUCUCCCAGUUUGCAGAGAAGUUCCAGGAAGUGAAGGAAGCAGCGCGUUUGGCCAGGGAGAAGUCCCAGGAUAAAACAGAGCUGACCAACCCUGCCCUGAACAUCACGUCUCACCAGGUGCUGCCCAGCCCCAUCAUCAGCUCCAAUGGGCCAGGAGAAGACAAGCUGUUCCGGAGCCAGAGCGCCGAUGUCGAGAUAACAACAGAGAAGGAGCGGCUGAAGAAGAUGCUUUCAGAAGGAUCGGUGAGUGAGGUCCAGUGGGAAGCCGAAUUCUUCAGCCUCCAGGACAACAACAAUAAGCUCGUGGCUGCUCUCCAUGAAGCCAACGCCAACGUGGACCAGUGGAAGAAGCAGCUGGCCGCUUACCAGGAGGAGACGGAAACGCUGCGGCAGCGGGUAGCAGAGCUGGAGUCGCAGGGGGCUCACGAUUCCUCCAGUGAGAACAACAAGGAAGAGCUGAGCCAGACCCUGGAGGAGCUGGAACUCCUGAUCAAGGCUAAAGACGAGGAGAUUCAGAUGCUAAAGAGCCAGAAGUGCAGCCGAUGGGAAGCAGAGGGUGAGCGCGAGGAGACGCUGCAGAAGCUGCAGGGGAGGAUGGAGCUGGAGGCACGCAACGCUGAACUGGAGCGACGCCUUCACCUUGCCGAGCAGACGCUGGCAGAUACCCUGGCCGAGAGGGAGAAGAUCCAGAACGAGGUCACCAAGGUGGCAGAGAUAAUGGAUGUGAAGAUAUUUGAGCUCAGUGAGAUCCGUCAGGGACUAGCCAAGCUGGUAGAGAGCAACUGA